UGAUACACGCUCUUUGACUCCUCCCUCUUUGGUCACUUUAGUCUCUCUGGUCCGACUGACUAAACGACCUUAUUGCUCAACCGUUCGACCAUACACGCUCUCUUACGCCUACCAUAGGCAAAAUACCUACCUACCUAGGCAUAUUGGAACCACCGGCAGGCCAAGGUUGAGACGCAUUCGCUAUCUCGAUCCCCCACGAAAUCCGCCCUUCGUUCUCCCCUUUCCCCCCUCUUCUUCUCGUCGCUCCCUUCCAUCCAUCCUUUUUCUCCACUACUACUACAUACUACAUACGCAUACUCGUACACAUACUAUUCAAUAUCCUCAAUUAAUGACGGUAUUGACUCGACUGAAUUGUAUAUCGUUAUUUGAACUUUACGACAAUAGUUCACUUUUGAGACCUUCUAUGCUUUAGGCACGUCAAGUGCCUGAUUCCUGGCGCGCCACAAGUCACCCUUGCUUCGUGGCUCCACAGCUAAUUAAAUUCACCCAAAGUGAGUCCCGACUGAGUACUAGAUCGUUCCAUUUACCUUGUCUUCCCAUCGCUACACGCUGUACAAGGAGUAUGAUGAACGGAGAACCUAAUCUUCUAAUAUACACUUCAGUCACACCGUCCAUUGUACCUUAGUCUCAACUAAUACCGAGAGCAAACAGCAUAGCUUUACCGAGCGUCGAGAAAACUGUAUUCUGGCCGACAUGGCCAAACCAACGCGUUUUGCGGCAAACAACGAGCCGCUACACAUAUUCCAGGAUGACAUCUUCAACACCCAGCAAGCACCGUCUAUCAGCCGAGCACCGAUGCCCUCUGUCGGCAAGCAAGCUUCUCCCCGCCGCGCGCUGCAGGCUUCGAAUACGAAUGUAAUGUUUAAUCCUCCGAAUGGUCACUCGAAGCAGCAUUCACCCUUCAAGGCGACAGGGCGCGCCGGCGCCUCACCGUUAGCACCGCUUGGAUCGUCACAUGGCGGUAAGCUGAAUGCUGUGUCGAUCUUGCCACCGACAUCGCACGGCCAGUCAACGGAUUCUAUGCAGAAGAAGCAACCUAUGAUGUCUAGAUUUAAGACGGUCGUCCAGAAGCCGACGGUGGAUUCGAGCGCAAGUUUUGGAAAAGAGAACGUCCAGCCGACUCUAUAUCCCGCGCCACCCCCCUUUAACCUGAACUUGGAGAACUAUUACCAGAACGCACCCAGCCGAAAGCGCACGUUACUCGAAGCGGCACCGAUCCAGGACUCCAGACCGCCGAAGAAAGUCAAGCUGGACGAAUCUGCUUUGCCAGCUCAUGACUCGUUCCCCCCUAUCGUGGACAAUGGAGCGAAGCCUUUAUACAGCUACGCUCAGCUGAUCGGAAUGGCUAUCUUACGUGCCCCUCAAAGACGACUUACCCUUUCGCAGAUAUACAAGUGGAUUUCUGACAACUUCUCAUUCUACGGCGCACAGGAUGCGGGCUGGCAGAAUAGUAUCAGACACAACUUGUCUCUUAACAAGGCCUUUAUUAAACAGGAGCGGCCAAAGGACGACCCGGGCAAAGGAAAUUAUUGGGCAAUUGAACCUGGGAUGGAACACCAAUUCAUGAGAGAGAAGCCGAGCAAGAAGUCAAAUGCGAACAUGGGAAACACCCCUUUCAUGUCUAGCCGCGCGGAACCCCAACGCCUUGAGCCUACUAAUUACCCCGAUUGUCUGGCGUUGCCAUCUCUGCCUCCUGUACUCCCCGUCCAGGCGCACUCGAUUGCCCACGAUCAGAUGACAUCCCAAGCGCCGAAUCAGUCCGAGCCUCAGGUGUCGUCUGAUGCCACUAUUCCGCUCUCCGAUAACGUCGGCCCGGAAGAUCAACCAGAGAGGGCACAAGAACAAGAUUUACCUGUGGAGUGUAGCCGAUACUCUCCUCUUCCCGCCGCAAUGCAUUCUUCUCCCCCGGUUCCGCGCCGUUUGGAGGCUCGUAGUAACACACCGCCUCCUAUCACGAGAGACCCGCCUUCUUCGGGUCCGCACAAGCGUAGCCAUAAGCGCAAGUAUGCUUCGAUGGAUGCUUCUAUGGAUGACAGCGGGUAUAUCUCGUCUCUAGACUCUUCGGUAAUGCGCCCUAAGGGUAACCGAUUACUUAGUUCGGGAACCGAUCGUCCUCGAAUCAAGCGAGGUCGAGCUGAGGAGGAGAUUGCACGACUGCGUGCCUCCUCCUAUGACAGCCCUACUAAAGGACGUCCAUACGACUUCGCCCCGCCUUCUUCCUCUCCGUUGAGACAGGCUAGCGGUCAGAUGCUGCCGCCCUUGACCCCAGCUGUCAAGGUAAAGCCGCCUCAAAAGCCUCCUGCUUCCGUCUCACCGAACACGAACCUACGUAUCCACAGAGACAAAGUCCGAUCCAUGCUCAAUUCGCCUCUUCGUCGUGUUAGUAACAUACAGAGUGCUGAUGAUCUAAUUCCGUGGAGCCCGGCAUUCCAGAUGGAUGAUUCGCUAUUCAAUUUCAAUGAACCCAUCACGGAAUCCACCGACUUCGAUAUAUUCCAGGAUAUGUCUCUAGAUCCGUUCUUCGCGGCUGCGGACAAUGGUUCUCCCCUCAAGCGUUCAGCCAGAAAAAUGCGCUUGGAUCGCUCUGCUUCUGCUAAUGCCCUCGGUGAGAUCACGAACUCGACUUCUAAGAGAUCAAUCACCUCGGCGCCUUUGCUGAAGGCUCCUGCUUCAUCGCUAGCUCUACCGUACGAAACUCCCAGCAAGGUGUUCGAAGGCAUGUCUUCUCCUAGCAAGUAUUUGCAGUCACCCACGAAGAAUGCUUCCCCUAUCAAGAACGACUGGAACUUAGAAGAAUUCUGCACUUCCCAAUUCUUCGAAGAUGACCUCGAUGACGGCGCGGGUAUAGAUAUUCUUCAGGGGUUUGAGCGAAUUAGUGGUAGUCAACCCCCUAACGGAACCUCCGCGUCUAUCAGAGCCUCCAAGCCGGGCCUAGGCCGCAGCUUUACAACUUCAUUCUAAGUUCCCUGCGUCACCCACCCGCUGGUUACUAUGGGAAACAUGCCCAUUUUCAUGAUGAUUACGAAUAAUGACUCGACUACACCACCUACCUCUUCUAAGCAGCCGUUUUCGA